AUGGAAAUACCAAUUGAUAUUCGUAAAUUAGUAGUUCAACUAAGAGAAGAUGGUAAUUCUCUUAGAAAUAUUGCACAAAUAAUAAAGAAAUCACAUUCAACUGUACAAUAUAUUAUAAACCGGUACAACGAAACUGGUUCAUUUGAAGAUCGAAAACGUACUGGUCGUCCCCAAAAAUUAAAAUCGCAUCAAAAGAGAGCCAUUCUAAGACAAGUUGUGAUGGAAUCCAAAACCAGUGCACAAAAACUGGCUGGUAUGAUUGAUACUGACUAUAAUAUAAAAAUUGUGCCACAGACCAUUCGUAAUGUUAUUAGAAAUGUGGGAUAUAAAGGUUGCGUAGCUAGAAAAAAGACCUUUUAUCAGUAA